UGUGAGUGGCUGUGUAUUCAAUCACACAAGUCCUUCUACUUACUUUCUCAGAUUUUAACUAAACAAAUUGUGUCGCUAAGAAGAAGAAGCCAUCAUGGCUAGAGUGAUGUUGUGGUUUCUUGUUUCCUUGUAUCUAUGCCUCAUUGGUCAUAUGAUUGCCGAGGCUGCAAGAGAAGGUGCGUCCAUGAAGAAGGAAGCACACUCCACUGAGAUUGGAAGAGAAAGUGCGUCCAUGAGGAAUCAAGCACGCUCCACUGAGAUUGGAAAAGAAAGUGCGUCCAUGAUGAAUCAAGCACGCUCCACUGAGAUUGGACGAGAAAGUAAGCUCAUGAGGAAUGGACCACACUCCAGUGCUCAGAUUGGAAAGAGUAUGGGACACGUAACCGGAUUUAAGGGUGAACUCACAGCUGGUGGCUAUGGCGGUGGAGGCCCGGGAUAUGGUGGUGGUGGUGGAUACGGGCCAGGUGGUGGCGGUGGUGGUGUUGUAAUCGGUGGUGGAUUUGGCGGUGGUGGUGGGUAUGGGUCCGGCGGUGGUUUGGGUUGGGAUGGAGGCAACGGAGGUGGUCCGGGAUACGGGUCAGGUGGUAUUGGUGGUGGAGUCAUCAUUGGCGGUGGUGGUGGUGGUGGAUGUGGCGGUUCAUGCAGCGGAGGCGGUGGUGGUGGUGGAGGAGGAUAUGGACACGGCGGAGUCAUCACGAAGGGAUCAGGCAAAAACUAGAAAAAACAUGCAGCUUUCUUUAGGUCGUCGAAGGAAGGAGGAAGAAAUAAGGAUGUACUUUAGCAUCUUGAUCAUGUUUAGGAGUUUGUAAUGGCAUCACUUUUAAUGGAAUAAGAACCUUAUAGUUUCAGAAUU